AUGCUCAAAAUAUUUGUAGACUGUGAAAUGAAUGCUGAGUGUGUUACUUGGUUGGAUGAACUAAUCAGUGAGAAUGAAGGUUCAAAGGUGGUGGCUGAAAACCUCAUUGUAGUUAUGGAAAAUGCAUUGAGAGGUAAGAUUGAAGAUAUCAUUAAGGAGACACAAUAUGACAAACAUAGUACAUUCGAGUUGGAAAAGAAAUUGAAGAGCAAAAUUAUGCAAGGACUAAAGUUGUCACGCUUAAAUAACCAUGGGACGGAUUUCCCAAAAACCCUUCUUAAGGUGACGUGGCAUCAGUUACUUCAAAACACUAGGGAAUCGCCAUUUUCCGCUGUAAAAGGGGAGCAUGUGACGCAUUUCCAUGAAGAAACUAUAUUAUCUUCGUAUGUAAAGGAAACCCACUUGGAGAUUACUCAUGAAAUGGGGACUCGGAUGGCUUUUGACACUGAAGAUGAAAAGAAUCUCCAAAAAGUGAUACAGAAUAUUCUUGUUGGAAAACCUUCAGAAAAGGCAAAAAUAUCGCAGGACGUCUCAAAAACGCAACGGUACCAGUGUAAUGAUUUUGAGAUGAGUAUUAACUUCUAUCUCAACCUUGAAGAGAAGCAGUCAACCUUAGAGUCGUAUAUCAGUCAAAGUUUCGAUAAUAUUGGAUUAUCUGAUAGCGAUGAAAGCAGUGAAAAGACGCAAUUUGAACAUUCUCACCACAGGCUUCCGCUCCCCCUCGAGAACUUAAGAAAUUUAAAAGUUACCUUUCUUCCCACAAAGAACCUUGAUGGGGUCUGGGAAUUACUCCAUUAUGAUUCUGAUUUGAAACAAAAGAUGUAUUCACACUUAACUUCGUCUUUACAACUAAGCAACUUAUUAAAGACGUCAAGAUCUAUGGUGGGUAAAAAUAGGUUAUUUUUAUUGCAUGGACCUCCAGGGACGGGAAAGACAACUCUAUGCAAAACUCUUUGCCAGAAGCUCGCAGUGAGAAGAUGGAGUAUUUUCGACAAUGAUGGAUACUCUGGCAUUUUUAUUGAAAUAACAUGCUCGCAGAUAUUCUCAAGAUGGUUUGGCGAAUCAUCAAAAAAUUUAGAUGGAAUCUUUAGCGAUCUUGAGCAACUUCUCAAAUACCAAGAAGACACAGGGAAAUUUGUGUGUGUAUUAUUUGAUGAAGUGGAGUCUUUGGCCUUUUCAAGAAGUGAACUUUUGAAUAAGAAUGAGACGACAGAUUCCGUUCGUGUCCUCAAUUGUUUGAUGACACAUUUGGAUAACCUCAGAAAAUAUCCUAACUUCAUUUUAUUAUGCACCUCCAAUCUAAAGAAUAAUAUUGAUCCUGCAUUUUUGGAUCGGUUAGACGUAUCUUUUUUCGUAGAUUUCCCUUCUGUUGCGACUUGCUUCCAGAUUCUAAAAAACCUUACAGAUGAGAUAAUAGAGUCUAAAGUUGUUACUCCAGAUGAAAACAAACCACAAAUAACCAAAAUUAUUGGCCAAUUGGCUAUCUACUCAAACGUAUGUCAAAAAAUCAAACACUACAUCCUCUCAUACUAA